CUUUUUUUCAACUUGCUUACCGAAUGGUAUUAAAUAACAAUUUAGUAAGCCACUCAACGAGAAAAACACAAACAAAAUAAAAAUUCUUUUUUGGAGGAAAAUUUACUUUAGUUUUGUGAAACACAUCGUAGUGGCUGGAUCUUAAAUUUUUGAACCAUAACACUCGAGAAAAUUGAAAGUGAAAAAUCUGCAUCAUGCAGCAGAAUACGGGUAUAUCUGGCUAUGUACUUCUGUUAACCAUUCAAUUUGUGUUUAUCGUAAUUUUUGCAAUCUAUACGGAUUACGAUACUGAUUUACGACCUAAAGAUGGAGCACAAUCGGAACCAGGCUUUAUUGUACCGAAAUACGGACAUUUUCAAGAUAUUCAUGUAAUGAUUUUUAUUGGUUUUGGUUUCCUUAUGACCUUCCUCAAACGUUAUGGCUACAGUGCAACAGGAUUAAAUUUAUUCGUAGCUGCUCUCUGCAUUCAAUGGGCUAUACUGAUGCGAGGCUUUUUCGAAAUGGAACAUGGAACAAUCAAAUUAUCGCUUACAAACCUUAUUGGUGCUGAUAUUGCUGCCGCAAGUGUGCUUAUCAGUAUGGGUGCAUUGCUGGGACGAAUUUCUCCCAUUCAAUUGUUAGUUAUGGGAUUAAUUGAAAUCGUACUUUUUGCAUCAAAUGAAUAUUUACAAAUUGAGCUUAUGAAGAUUGUUGAUGUAGGUGGAUCUAUAACAGUACAUGCCUUUGGCGCAUACUUCGGUUUAGCUGCUAGUUUUAUUCUUAGACCAUCAAAAGAAAAUGCAAAAGCUGGAGAGCUCGAGGGUGCAUCCUACACAUCCGACAUUUUUGCAAUGGUCGGUACAGUAUUUUUGUGGAUAUUCUGGCCUAGCUUUAAUUCAGCAUUAGUUGAUGGACCUGAACAAGAACGUGCAAUUCUACAUACAUACUUAUCUUUAGCUGCAUGUACCGUCACUGCAAUUAUUUUGUCCGCUUUAGUCAGUAAAGAUAACAAAUUAGAUAUGGUUCACAUACAAAAUUCAACAUUAGCUGGAGGUGUAGCAGUUGGAUCUGUUGUUAAUUUAUUGAUUCAUCCUUCCGGAGCCUUAAUCAUUGGAACAUUCGCUGGUGCUCUUUCUGUCAUUGGAUAUCGCUACCUAAGCCCUAAAAUGUUGGAAAAAAUGAGACUUGCAGAUACAUGCGGUGUUCACAACUUACACGGUAUGCCUGCAGUCGCUUCAGCAUUUUUCUCAGCCAUUUUUGCAUAUUUCGCAACUAAAGAAGCUUAUGGUGAUUCCCUAUACACCAUCUUUCCGGGAAUGAAAAAUUCAACGAUGUUGGAGGAUGAACACGAGAUGAUAAUUGGGGGUUUUGGAAGAUCUUCUGAAAAACAAGCUGCUUUUCAACUUCUUGCUAUUCUCGUUACCGUCAGCAUAGCCAUUGUUGGUGGAAUGUUCACAGGAUUCGUACUAAAAAGUCCAACGUUCAGACCUUUACAAACACACGAGCUACAUAAAGAUGACAUUUAUUGGGAAACUCCGGAUGGUCAUGAGUACAACCGUGAUGAACAUUUGCAAUAAACAUUAUUCAUCAAUAAAUUUCACGUUAUAGCAUACAUCAGCGACAGUCGAGUCUAACAAACUGAGAAAAUAAAAUAAUAUUUUUUCAAGCAUGAUUCUAUUUUCGGUCCUACGUAUCGGACGAAAAUUGGAAAUGCAAAUUGAGAUGUAAAGCAGAUACUUAAAUAUUUAUCAUUUUACUUAACAAAUGUGUUUCAAUUUGUUUGUAUUGAAUAUUUUUGACUUAAUUCUUUUCCUCUUGUAAACUAACUUUAUGCGAUAAAUCUUUUUAUAGCAUACAAUGAUGUUUUUUGCGUUUAAUGUACAAUAAAUUCUGAACUCUAAAAAUUCACUUUUUUACUGUAUUGUUACUGUAUUGUUACAAUAUGACCUGAUUUUUAUAUCCUUUUUCUUCUGUAUUCAUUUGUACAUGUCUUUUUUUGUCUUUUAAAUCACAAGAAUAAAAAUGAAAUUCCACAAAAAAAAUACAUAUGUACACAUGCUUAAUACAUAAGUUCUUUAGAAACC